AUGAGAAUUAUAAUUAUUCUUGGGCUCAUGGGAGCCACAGUGUCAGCCCCACUUAUCCCACAGCAACGUCUUAUGUCUGCAAGUCACAGCCAUGAGUUACUUCUGAAUCUGAACAAUGGUCAGCUUCUACCCUUACAGCUGCAGGGUCCAUUUAAUUCAUGGAUUCCUCCUUUCUCUGGAAUUUCCCAACAGCAGCUGCAAGCUAAAUUUCCAGGAUUCUCUCAGUUCUCUUCACCAGCUCUAGAUCGCUUUGCUAGACUGUUCCCAAAUCAGGCAUCUUUCCCAGGACAGGUUAGUUUACCUCGAGGUACUCAGGCUGGGCAGCUGGACCCUUCACAGCCUCAAACAGUCACACAGACUCCACAGAACCCUAAUCAGGCACUGCCCUAUCUAGUAUCUUUCAAAGUGCCUCAAGAACAAACACAGAUGCUUCAGUACCAUCCAGUUUACAUGCUACUACCCUGGGAACAACCUUUACCAACAGGCACACAGUCACCUCCACAAACAGGACAACAGCAGUUUGAGGAGCAGAUGCCAUUCUAUACACAAUUUGGAUAUAUUCCACAACAAGUAGAACCUGUUAUCCCAGGAGGGCAGCAACCAGUGGUCUCUGAUCCCUUCAUGGGUAUAGUUCCUGAAACUUUUGUGAUGCCAGCAGGAGGAGUGAUACCAUAUUUACAGAAAGAAAUAAACUUUAAGCAUGCCAGUUCAGGAAUUUCCAUUCCUUCAACUACACAAAAUCCCAGUACAACAAAAUUAUUUGCUCCUGCUGUAGACCCAGCGAUUACCCCAGAACUCAUGGAAGAGAAGGGUAGUUCUGAACAAGAUGAAAAUCCUCUUCCUGACAACAGCCAUCCUGGCAGUUACUGUUGCUUUACCAGUAAAUUACCAGGAACAGAGAUUGCAUUACUCUAUCCCAGGUUUAAACUCUUCCCAGCUGAAACCCAUAAGCUGGCUACAAAUCAAGGUCAGCUGAAUGAGCCACAUGACACUUCUGCGGGUAAAUUACUGUCUUCCUUGGCCAUUUUCAGAGAUUAG